AUGGCCACUACAGAUGGCGGUCCCUUCUUCCCUGUGGGCUACGACGCGGGCUUCGACGACCUCCAUUUCUUCGACGGCACAGGACAGUCGUUACCGCUCUUUCCGGGCCUCGAGGACAUGACACAGAUCCAGUUCGAUGAGGAUGCCAUCUUUCUCAGUCACCACUCCCCGAACGACACUGUCUCGUCCCGAUCCGACCUGAGGUCACCCGGCAAGCAGAGUCUCCAGGCCACAGCUGCUGCCGGCUCUCGAGGCAGCUCUUCGCUCUCCCCGGCCGGCGAUGCCUUGAUCUACACGCCCACCUCAACUCUGCUGGAAUUUCAAGAUGACGCUGCCACCGACAGUGUCGAAUCUGACCAACUCACUACCUCGCCGGUCAGCAGCAGCAAUCACACCGAUGACUUUGUUCAUGUAGGCAGCGAGUUGGGUGGGUAUCGAGGAAGGAUGAACAUUCGGCCCCCACUCCAGCCAGGGGUCUCUCCAUCGACCCAACCGUCCCUGCCGUCGCGCGAAUCAUCAGUCCCCCAAACUGUUCAAGCCACACGGCCUCAUCAUCAGCAAUGGCAGUCAUUCGCAUCAUCGUCUAGCACCGGUAUGGAUGACACUUUCAUCCCGUACUCAUCGGCAGCAGAGCUUGGCUUCUCAACCGGCUCUUUCGCUGAUGAAGCCUUCCUCCCCGUCGGCGAUCUCGAUGGCUCCUUCAACGGACAGACUUACGAGAACAUCCCCUUCAGGACCUACACCGAUGGCUCUGUUCAACUACCGCCUUCCUUCGACGAGACGACUCUCCUGUCCCAACACCCCACCACCCUUCAUCAACACCAACAUGUGGCGACAUCCUUUCCAGAGCAGAGGCUCAACCAAACGUUCAACGACUUUGGCUCGAUCGCUCCACAGCAACAGUAUGGUGGUUUCAAUGCCCACGACUUCGCGUACCACGGCAACCAAAUCAACUCUACCGUGCCUCCUCCGCAGCCAAGUCGUGUCGUCCCGUCGAACGCGAAUACUUCAGGGCAGCCCCUGAUCGGGAUGCAGCAGCCAAUUUCGAACUCAUCUGCACCAUCGCGACCACGGCGACAGCCUUACCCGCAACUACAGCAAACGCAGUUCAAUGCCACGACUCAAGGAGACGAAAAGCCAGUCGCCUCCAGCAAACGAUCACCGACAAACGCUAGUGGGCACAAUUACUCGACAUCCACAUUCAGUGCUCGUCCAGCCAACCCGUAUCCGAGCAUUGUGAAAAGGGAGCCAUCGUCCCAAGCAGCGACAUCUUCGACUGGACCCGUGAGGUCGUCACAGACGGAAAAGGGCCGGCGAGGCGGACGUACAAGGAACUCGCAUCUGACAGAACACACGCGACAGAAGAGUCACGCCAUGCGAAAAGUGGGCGCCUGCUGGCGCUGUGCAAUGCAGAGAGAUCCUUGCGACGAUGGCAACCCGUGCUCACGAUGCUUGAUGCGAUCCCAAAGAGGCCAAACCUACUUCUUCGACUGCGACCGAUCGAAGCUCCCGGACUUUGUGCAUGACUUCUUGCCUCCCCAAGCUUCUAUGACUAUGAUGCACCAGAAGCAAUCGAUCGAAGACACCGUGUCUCAGGAAAUCCUGCAAUGGGACUUCGACAACGGCAUAGAUGUCUACUUGUCCAGCGGUUAUGGUCCGCCGCUACGAUGGACAAUGUACGAGUUCAAGCCGAGGACGCAAGAACUGUUGACCCAGCUGCAAUACUACCAGAAGGUAGACACCAGCCAAUCUAUGAGCCGGCAACAGUACUCGCCGCCCUUUGGUCUAGUCAAGAUCGACACAAGCGAUGAUGCUCACUUCGAUACAUACCUCGACCAAUUGUUGGAGCCCCACAAUCUUCUCGACUUGGGAUGGAGUUGUUACGAAGAAGAGUCCCAGGUCGACCCAGGAGAGUUUCAAGCAAAGAUGCUUGACCUGCUGUGCCAGCUCCAUAUGCAGACGACGGAUGAGUCGUUACGAUUGGUCCUUCGAGACAUCCUCCGCAUGCAGAUAAUCACCUACAUCAUGGGCCACACCCUGACCAUCGUGGAAGAGACGUUGCCUACUGUCAUCUCUCAUGUACGCCACUCGAGCAGACCCAAUCAAUACAACAAGUACACCUCGCCCCGCCUGGCCAACCGUCAAUUGAAGUUCUUCUUCGCGGUUUUGCGCAACAACAUCUAUGAGAAGAUUCUCAGAUGGCAGCAGCAGACGUUGCACACUGCUGGCAAGAAAGAGGAAACCUGGUUGCAGACAUUCUGCGUCAUGCUGGGCUUCGCUAUGGUCCUAGAGGAAGUGCAACGCCUAAUUCAAAUCCAAGCUGACGCCAGCGUCCGGAAAGAAGAAAUGGCCUACGAUGAUGCACAACGACAAGCGUACAAUGCUUGUGAGCGCAUCGACGAGCGGUACAAGUUGUUGAUUGGGCUAUUUCAAUGCAAGUACCGCGAUCGAAAAUGGGGCGAAAAGGGCAGUUUCGGCAAUGGGACGCCGGAGUUGAAGGAGAAGGCGCAGAAGGACUUUCUAAGAUCUUUGAGGAACUUGGUGUUGCAGAGAUACGACCACCUGAAAAGCAGAGAGAACGUGCCCUUCGGCACGGAAACGCAAUGUCUCUACACGACCAGGUGCACGGCGAGGUUCUUGUUGCCUUUCUUGAACCUCCCGGCUUGA